UUUGUUUGUAACAGUACUAAACUUGAGCUAAAAUCAUGUGUCUUGUAGUAUUUUUUGUUGUAACGGCUUUAACUGCUUUUGGAAUAACAAACGCAGAUCCAGUUUGUCCAAAACAAGAUGGAAAAGACGCUGUUUACAUCCCACACGAAGAUUGCACCAAAUUCUGGGAAUGUUCAAAUGGUACUCCGUAUCUCUUUAACUGUUCUGCCAAUUUGCACUUUAAUCCCAAACUGAAUGUCUGCGAUUGGCCAGAACAAGCAGGGUGUAAAGGAAGUGGUGAAGAUAGUAGCAGUAGUAGUAGUAGCAGCAGCAGCAGCAGCGAAAGCCAAGAAUCCGGUGAUAACUCACAAGGAAAAGACGACGAAAAUGACAGCGGCAACAGCAGCAGCAACAGUGAAGAAGGUCCCGAAUGUCCUGCAGUAGAUGGAAAAGAUUCUGUCUACUUCCCACAUGAAGACUGUACCAAAUUCUGGCAAUGUUCCAAUGGUGUCCCCUAUUUGUUUAAUUGCUCUGCCAAUUUGCACUUUAAUCCCAAACUGAAUGUCUGCGAUUGGCCAGAUCAAGCGGGUUGUGAAAGCAAAGAAGAUAGUAGCAGUAGUAGUAGCAGCAGCAGCAGCGAGAGCAAAGAAUCUGGGGAAAACUCUCAAGGAAAAGACGAUAAGAGUGGUAACAGCAGUAGUGGCAGUAGCAGUAGCAGUGAAGAAGGUCCCGAAUGUCCCGCAGUAGAUGGAAAAGAUUCUGUUUACUUCCCACAUGAAGACUGUACCAAAUUCUGGCAAUGUUCUAAUGGUGUCCCCUAUUUGUUUAAUUGCUCUGCAAAUUUGCACUUUAAUCCCAAACUGAAUGUCUGCGAUUGGCCGGAUCAAGCGGGUUGUGAAAGCAAAGAAGAUAGUAGCAGCGGUAGUAGCAGCAGCAGCAGCAGCAGCGAAAGCAAAGAAUCUGGGGAAAACUCUAAAGGAAAAGACGAUGAUAAAGAUAAGAGUGGUAACAGCAGUAGUGGUAGUAGCAGUAGCAGUAGCAGUGAAGAAGGUCCCGAAUGUCCUGCAGUAGAUGGAAAAGAUUCUGUCUACUUCCCACAUGAAGACUGUACCAAAUUCUGGCAAUGUUCUAAUGGUGUCCCCUAUUUGUUUAAUUGCUCUGCAAAUUUGCAUUUCAAUCCUAAAUUAAAUGUUUGCGAUUGGCCGGAUCAAGCAGGUUGUAAAAACAAAGAAGAUAGUAGCAGCGGUAGUAGCAGCAGCAGCAGYGAGAGCAAAGAAUCUGGAGAAAACUCUAAAGGAAAAGACGAUGAAAAAGAUCAGAGUGGUGACAGCAGUAGUGGCAGUAACAGCAGCAGCAGCAGCAGCAGCAGCGCAAGUAGUGAAGAAGGUCCUGAAUGUCCCUCAGUAGACGGUGCGACUCCAGUUUAUAUACCACAUGAAGACUGUACGAAAUUCUGGCAAUGUUCAAAUGGCACUCCGUAUCUUUUCGAUUGUCCUGCCAAUUUGCAUUUUAACCCCAAACUGAAUGUUUGCGAUUGGCCAAAUGACGCAGGAUGCAAAGGAAAAAAAUAAAUUAUGUAUUGAAGUAUGGGUUAUUGAAAAAAUAAAAUAAUACUACUUAUGAAUUUUA